GAUAUAGGAAGUCAAUGGUUAUUUAUACUUCAAGAACAUAUAUUCUGAAGAACUUCUUGAAGCGAUAAUAAACAACACAUAGCAACAUUAUCAAUAAAUAUCUCAACCUGUCGAACCAGCCUGGCUUAUUAGAAAGGAUAGAGUUGCACUCAUUUAAAAGUUUUCGGCCUACUUUCAUCACAAGCCAAAGACUAAGAAAAUGGUUAGGGUUGUACAGCCAGAUCAAACGGCUUCGUGGUGGGGAUCGUGGUUUCGAAGCUCCAAAGCAUCACCCAUCGCACCACGGGUCUCAACUAUUGAUGACGUGGAGUUUCUGCGCAGACAAAUCAGAAGUCUCGAACGUAUUAUCCUAGAGAAUAUUCAUUACACUAAUAAGCGCGAAGAUCCGGACAUCUUGACAGCACGGCAGACAAUAGAACAAUUGAAACAGGAAAUAAAUGACGAAAGAGAGCGAACGGAGCGACUUAAGGUUGACCUCGGAGUCGAAAGAGAAACACUUAAGGAUACUAGGCAAAUGGUCACUGAGUUGAGAGCAGAUGCCGCCGCUGAGAAGCAAAACAUAACUGAAUUGAAAAAUGAGAAUAAGGAACUUCAACGAGAGGUUAACGAUCUCAGAAGAAAGGAACGGAGUGGGAAGAGAAGUGCGAAGCACGACAACGAUGACGACGAACGUGACAGUCCCAGGGCGAAAUCUUCGACAGAUCUGAUUCUUGUGAAUCUUGAGGGUCGAGAAUUGCCAGCAACUAUACUUACCGAAGAGUUGACAGAAUGCUGGAACGAUUUACUACGACAUCAUUGGGAAUACACGGUAUGGGUGAAGAAGCUUGUACAAUUAAAGGAGACUGAUGAAGAUCUACGGAAGGAGAUCUGGAAGAGUGCUUUUGGGCCAGAAAAGGCCGCGACUCUUCUCGAAGAAAACCAAGAAAUGAUAGAUGCCAUCAAACCUCGACGCGAUGCAAUUCUUAUAUCAAUGCAACCUAGCUCGGAAUACAUAUUCGGAGAAAUGCUGAAAACUCUGAGAAAACACAAUCUAUAUAAAGAAGGGGACAACCUCUGGAGAAGAGUGGCGGGUUCAUUUGGUGAGACAGAUACAUGGCUAGAUCCACCGAUACUGGGCAAAGAGGAAGCAAUGGCUGUAUUGAAAGGGUGGAACAAAAAAUGGAAGCGAGAGUACGAGGGGUAUGAUGAGGAUGACUGGGAAGAAGAGGAAGGGGGGCAGGAAGAAGGAGAGGAAGAGGAAGAGGAAGAGGAAGAUUACCUGGCUAAUUCCUUCUUAUAAAUUGCUCAUAUAUGUUUAACACGCCUCAUUUUACACAGAAAAGUGUUAUCGAUGGCGUUAUAAGAGCUUUCAGUAUGCAUGAUUAGGAUGGCGCGUUGUCAUGAAGAGAGGUCAAAACCAAAUAUUAUCUUACACAUUACACACAAGAACAAACGUGCUGAUAAAUAGCACGCUCUAAGAUGUGGGACCA